AUGCACGGUCGACCGCGAGUGACGGUGAAGGCAGAGGGCAGCGCGGCGGGACAGCAGAAGGCGGCGGAGUCGACCAAGAAGGCGCUUCGGCUGCGCGCCUUGCAGGAGAAGGUGCUGACGUGGCACCAGCAGAACGUUUACUCGCCAGAAGCACUAGCCGCCAGCGCUGCUCUCUUAGAACAAAACCCUGACGUGUAUGUGACGUGGAACUACCGCAAGAAGGCGUUUGCCCACCGAUGCGGCGCUCUGGAGGCAGGGGAGGGUGGGAGCAGGGAGGGGAAAGCGGUGCAGAGGGGUUCGGAGGUGAAAGAGGGGGAGAAGGAGGCGCAGGGGAAAGAGGGGCAGGGGGAGGGGGGGAAAGAGGCGCAGGGAGAGGGGGGAUCAGGGGAGGGAGAGGUGGGGACGGAUGGGGCAAUGGGUGAGGCGGAGAGUGCAGGAGGGAGGGGUGACAAGAGGGGAGAGAGUGAAGUUGGGGGGGAGAAUGAUGGGAAGCAGGGAGAGGAGCAGGAGAGGAUAGAAGCAGCGAUAGAAGCAGCCCUACGGACCAACCCCAAGUGCUACGGCGCCUGGCACCACCGCAAGUGGCUCUUCGCCCUCUCCUCCACCGAGCCUCUCCCGAGCCUCGGAGCCAACCUCGGGCCGAGCCUGCAGCAGGUUCGGAUCAAUCUGCGGACGGAGGCUCGGAUCGCCCGGGAGCAGAAGCUGCUGGGGAUGAUGCUGAGUGCCGAUGAUCGGAACUUCCACGCCUGGGACUACUGGAGGUUCAUUUCACAUGUGGCCCGCAUGUCACUAUCCAAGGACUUGGGUUUCACCAUGGAGCGAAUCAACGCCAACUUCAGCAACUACAGCGCGUGGCACAGCCGCAGCAAGCUGCUACCAAAGCUGCACGCGUGCCCACCACCACCAACCACGCCCACUGCACCAGAGGCAAAGGGGUUGCCGCAGGCAGCGUUGGAGGAGGAGUGUGAGUUGGUGCGCCAGGCCUUCUUUACGGAGCCAGAUGAUCAGAGUGGGUGGAUGUACCAGCAUUGGCUGCUGCAGCAGAUCCUGCCGCCCCUGCCGCCCCGCCUCCUCUCCUCCUGGGCUUCGCCUGGAAGCACUGUCUGCUACUCCUCACCUGAAAAUCCACCUGAGAAAUCUUCUGGAGGCGAUUCUGCAGCUGGGGAGGGCGUUUCCGAAUCUUCUCCCAGAGCUCCGGGGCAGGUUCGGAUGUCGGCGGUGCUGGUGUUCUCCGAACCUGUGGUGGGGGUGACAAGAGAGAGUGUGACUCUAACGGGGGCUGGGAUGGAGGUGGGCGAGUGGAGGGCUGUGGGGGGCGAAGAGGCGUGGCUUUCCGGGCGGCAGUCUGGCUGUGCGGCUGCCUCAUCACCCACCAUUCUGGUCUCGUGGGUGUUCGCCCAUCCAUCUGCCAUCCGCUCUGCUGCCACUGGCCAGUCCCUCCUGCUCCCCCACACGGACAGCAACAGCAGCAAUGGCAGCAACGGCAGCAGCAGCUUCACGCUACAGCUGCAAGGAAGCUCGUUGAUUCUGCCACAGAUGGAUGUUUCUGAGACCAAUGGCACUCACUCGCAAGCAACUGUGCCGCCCGUGAACCUCCCCACUCAUGACUGGUCCAACUUCCGCUGGCCCUCCUCCUCCCCUUCGCCUCCUCCCCCUGCUGCUGCUGCUGCUGCUGCUCCUGCUCCUGCUCCUGCUGCGCCUGCUGCUGCUGAUGGCGAUGCUGCUGCCAGUGGUGCUGCCUCUAGUGCUGGUGGUGCUGCCAGUGCUGGUGGUGCUGCGGGAGGGGGCGAGCAGUGGCGAGUAGAUGUGGUCCAACGGGAGAUUGACAUGUGUCGCGAGCUCAUUGACCUGGAACCAGACAGCAAGUGGGCUCUCCUCUCUCUCGCCCGCCUCCUCUCCACACGCCGCCAGCUCCACCACCUCUUGCCGAACCUACCCGUGCAUGCUCGGCAAGAUGCCGAGGCUCGUGAAGAGGUUCGGUCGUUGCUUCGGCGGCUGGAGGGGAUCGAUCCAUACCACAAGGAGUAUUACCGGGACCUGCUAGAAGCACUGGAGGGGGAAGAGGACACACCCACCACAAUCAACACCACCAACGCCUCCAGCAGCAGCAGCAGCACCACCACCACCACAGUGUGUCUGUCCCAUAAAAGCCUCUCCUGCCUGCCAGCGCCCUAUCGCCUGCUGCCAGUCUCCGCGCUGCUCCUCGACCACAACUGCAUCUCCACUCUCACAGGUUUCGAAGCCCUUCAGAAUCUGCAAGUGCUGGACCUCUCUCACAACCUCAUCGCCUUCUCAUCAGCCGUCGCCCCUCUCGCCCAUCUCCCCGCCCUCCGCGCUCUCUCCCUCGCCCACAACCUCCUUGGAGGCAAACCCGUCGACCACCACCGCUACUGCUACCCCUCCCCCCGAUGCAACCGGUUCCCCUCUUGGCACAUGCCAAGUCACAGCACGGGGGAGGAAGUUUUCUCCGGUAGGGCUACCAGUAGGGUAGGGAGUCCUUUGUCUGCCGAACCUGCUGCCGAAGCUGCUGCCGAAGUAGCAGUAGCAAAAACAGUGGAUCUGGUUCGGCAGCAUCCAAACCUGUGGGCGGUGCUGCAGUGCCUGGGUGGGCUGCGCCAGGUGGCAGUGCUUGAUUUGACCGCGAAUCCUGUUUGUCAGUGGGAUGGGUAUCGGGAGCUGGUUCUUUCCCUGCUGCCACAGCUGGUGGUCUUUGAUGCGGGCCCUGUGUAA